UACUAAAGCCACACCCCUCAACGACGUCACGCACUCGCCUCUUAAGCAGCUGGGAGUUGUAGUCCGCACCUUCCCCUCACAGUCUGCCCCAUUCUCUACUCAGCACAGCAGCGGUCAGUGAAAUGUCCUGACAGAACCCUUCACACGGGAACAGAACUACAGAUCCCAGAGUGCUGCGCGCCGAGGACACCGUAGGCCCCAAGCAGGAUAUCGGGGAGCAAAGUCGCUAUGGCCCGGCCAACAUUGCCGGUGCCCAGCUCCCAGAAGGCGCUGCUGUUAGAGCUGAAGGGACUACAGGAGGAGCCAGUUGAGGGGUUCCGGGUCACCCUGGUGGAUGAGGCUGAUUUGUACAACUGGGAGGUGGCGAUAUUCGGCCCCCCCAACACCUUCUAUGAAGGGGGGUACUUCAAGGCUCGCCUAAAGUUCCCUAUUGAUUAUCCAUAUUCUCCUCCUGCCUUUCGAUUCCUAACAAAAAUGUGGCACCCAAACAUCUAUGAGAAUGGAGAUGUAUGCAUUUCCAUCUUGCAUCCCCCAGUAGAUGACCCACAGAGUGGAGAACUUCCUUCUGAGAGGUGGAACCCAACACAGAACGUGCGGACGAUCCUCCUCAGUGUUAUCUCCCUCCUGAAUGAGCCAAACACAUUUUCUCCAGCCAAUGUGGAUGCAUCUGUCAUGUACCGGAAAUGGAAGGAGAGCAAGGGGCGUGAUAGAGAGUACACUGAAAUUAUACGGAAGCAAGUUCUCACCACUAAGGCUGAUGCUGACAAUGACGGAGUCAAGGUUCCUACCACUCUAGCUGAAUAUUGUGUGAAAACCAAGGUUCCAGCUCCAGAUGAGGGAUCUGACCUAUUCUAUGAUGACUACUAUGAGGAUGAUGACAUGGAAGAUGAGGGUGACAGCUGCUAUGAAGACCAGGACGAUUCUGGCAAUGAAGAAUCCUGACGCCACCUGUCCCUCCCGUCCCUGCCUCAUUCCCGAUCUUCUCUGCAUCAAUAAAAUAGACACUGAGGAUUUUCACUCAUUCUUUGGCCAUAAUACCACCUGGCACAUGUGGUACUAGAGAAAUGGUGGAGAGGUUUGAGGCUUUGCCCUGCUGAAAUGCCAAGGAUGGUCCCUGGGCUACAGUAGAGGAUGGCUUAAUGCUUGCAGUAAAAGCUUGUGCCACAGGAUGGCAGUAGAGUGCUUUGCAAGUCCUGCUGCUAUACUAACAC